GCUGACACACUGAAAUCUCGCCUCUUACCAUGGCUUGGCUCCUGCUUCACCAUAGCGGCUUCAUCCGUCUCCACGGAUACCAGCCUCAGCCUCAUUCAGGAGUCUGUGGAAAAAGAUCGGAAGAUCCGUGAACUGUCCUCUGCUCAUGAGAGUGACAUGCAGAACAUAGAAGAUCUGUUGUGCUCCACACGGAUCGAGUUGGACUCCGUUAAACAGGAACUUACCGACACUCAGAUUGAACUGGAUUCUACAAAGAAUAAAUCAGCAACCACCCUUUUGGCCACAGAGGAUGAAAUACUACAUCUAAAGGCAGAGUUGCGAGCAGCUCAAAAUCAGGUUGAUAUGUAUAAGAGAAAGGUUGAAGUACUGGAUGACUAUGAGAGGCAGGUCAGAAUCCUACAUGAUGAGGUCUCUUUCCUCACUGCUGAGAAAACCAUGCUGCAGGAGCGAUUAAUCAGGAGCUGUUCACCUAGUCCUCUUCCCCGCCGGAGUCGCUCUGUUAGCCCUGUGAGGGGUGAGUCUCCUACACGCGCCCAACUCACCAGUUCCUCUCGGCACGCCCGGUUGGUCUCCCGUUUCUCAGACAUGUAUGCCACAGAGAGACUGGAAUCCCAGAGUCUCCUUCGCAAAUACAUAGAUGACCUGGAAACAGUCCAGAAGAUCAUUUUCAUUGCUGUUGUGGAAUCAUUCCAGGCUGCUAAACUGGCCUAUCGGCAGUUUAAAAUACGUGUGAGGAAGACACUUUCCUCCACUCACAUUGGUCCUGAGAGCCUGGAGGAUGCAGUGGUGGAUUACAUAGUGAGAAAUCUGGACCUGUAUGAUGUGCAGACCAGUGUUAAUGACGUGAUAAAUGCGAUGAACGUAAACCCGCGCAUCUCUUUCCCUCCGGAGGUGGACUUUGUUCUGAUCAGCAGCUUCAUUAGGGAGGCGUGUCGAAUAGCCUUUGCCAUGCAAACUCUGGACCCACCACUAGACCUGGCCUUCAGCUCGGAUGGAGAACUCUACAGUGACGUGAAGUAUAGGCGCAGUUUUGACUCUGAGUUUACUGCUCCACUGGUGGCACAUCAUGUGUGGCCUGCGCUGGUGGAGGGCGACACUGUCAUACUGAAGGGAGAAGCAGUCACCAGGAGAGGAGCUCUGUGGAGAAGCAGGAGUCGUAGCUCCAGUCCUGUUCAUUCUCGCUCUCGCUCAGGAAGCCCCACCCGCACAUUUGUGAGUUUCUGUGUUGACUGAAAUCUCAGGCAGUCAGUCUUCCAAUGAACCUUUCUAGAAGUGAACCAGGAAAACAAUAAAUACAUUGUCCACAAUUUAUCAUUAGUUUAUUAGUGUCUAUUAGUUACAUUUUCUUCAUAUCUCUCUUGCACAUGCUUCCUCAUUGAGUCUGAGGGUUAGUACCAUUACUUAAAACAUUCUUCCUUAAAUUUAUUUUCUAAAUCAAUUCUCCAUAAAUUAUUUAAUAACAGUGAUUUUGCCAACUGGUGCUUUGUGGAUGACUUUUAAGUCCUCUCU